AACAGUUAAAAAGAUGGCGACUCAUAGCAGCGACGAAGAACAGAGCUUAAGGGAGUGUGAGGCCUAUGUUCAACGUCAUAAUAUUCAAAGAUUAUUAAAAGAUUGUAUUGUUCAGUUGUGUGUAAGGCGCCCUGAAAAUCCCGUUUCCUUUCUUAGGGAAUAUUUUCAGAAAUUGGAGAGGGAGGCAGCAGCAUCAGCUAAAAACCAACAGAAGAAUUUAAAUGCUACAAGUCCUUGUGAUGAAAGGGAAGAUGACAUUUGUGCCACACCAAACAUGGCUCCAGCACAAAGAGUACGCAGAGGAGCCGUCAGUGCAGAAACAUAUUCUGAAGAAGAUGCCACAACUUAUGUUAAAAAGGUUGUACCUAAAGAUUACAAAACGAUGACAGCUUUAUCCAAAGCAAUAGAAAAAAAUGUUCUCUUUGCACAUUUAGACGACACAGAACGCAGUGACAUUUUUGAUGCUAUGUUUCCUGUGGUACAUUCAGCUGGUGAAGUUAUCAUUCAGCAAGGAGAUCAGGGGGACAAUUUUUAUGUAAUUGAUCAAGGAGAAGUAGACGUUUAUCUGAAUGGACAAGUUGUAACUACAAUUGGUGAUGGAGGCAGUUUUGGAGAACUUGCUCUAAUUUAUGGUACUCCUAGAGCUGCGACUGUUAAAGCCAAAAUAGAUUGCAAAUUAUGGGCUAUAGACAGAGACACAUACAGAAGAAUUUUAAUGGGAAGCACAAUCAGAAAAAGAAAAAUGUACCAAGAAUUCCUCAGUAAAGUGUCUGUGUUAGAAAGUCUUGAUGACUGGGAAAGGUUAACUGUUGCUGAUGCAUUAGAACCAAUGCAAUUUAACGACGGUGAUAUCAUAGUUGAACAAGGACAACCAGGGGAUGAUUUCUUCAUAAUAGAGGAUGGCACAGCAGUUGUUCUGCAGCGCAGGUCCGAUUCAGAGCCACAAGUUGAAGUUGGUCAAUUAGGGCCUUCUGAUUAUUUUGGUGAAAUUGCAUUGCUACUUGAUCGCCCUAGAGCAGCUACUGUGAAAGCAAAAGGUCCUCUUAAAUGUAUAAAAUUGGAUCGUGCCCGGUUUGAGCGUAUCUUGGGUCCUUGUGCUGAUAUCCUGAAGCGGAAUAUGACUCAUUAUAAUAGUCUGAUUUCAUUAUCUGUGUAGUUUUCAUUUUGCCAAAUAUUUAG